AUGUCUGAGCAAGGCAGCGGCGGUCUCCUCGGCGGCGUGGGCGACACCCUGGGCAAGACAGUCGGCGGCGUAACCAACACGGUCGGCGGCGCAGUCGGUGGACUGGGCAGCACAGUUGGUGACGCGACAUCCGGAGUCGGAGACACCGUGUCAGGAACCACUCAGGGACUUGGCAACGCGACCAAGGGUGCUGGCCAGAGUGCCUCGGGUGACUCGGGUGCUAAGCAGGAGAGUUACGGCGGGAAGGAGCAAAAUGCGCAGAACCCGCUUGGAUUGUAA